AUGGGCACACGAAACAAUAAAAACUGGAAGGGGAAGAAAGGAAAUGACAAACGAAAUACAUCUUUGGUUUCUCCAUGCCCUGUUACUCCUUCUGUACUCCCUACACCAAUUUUUUCUUCAUCUCGAGAGGUUUUAGUUGACAUGGCGAAAGAAGAAUGGGGUGUUGAUGGGUAUGGAUCGAUGAAAGGGUUGAUCAGACUUCGUUCUCCUGGAAAUGACAAAGAUGAUGAAAAAGGUGGGUCAAGUGAAGGUGAUAUGGAGGAACAUUUGGAGGUGGAGAGGAGAUUAGACCAUAAUUUGAGCCGAUUUGAGAUGAUUUAUCCAAACUACGGUGGUGCUGAUCUUAUUGAUUUGGAUAUUUAUCCAAUAUCAUACUUCACUUCUUCCACCUCCUUUAUUAUUCUCCCUGGCCCACAAUUUCAUCAACUUGAAAAGUUCAAGGAUCGAAGAAAAGAAAGGAAGCUUAAAGGAAGAGUCAGCCGAGUCUGA